CUUGAGAAGAUGGCGAUUAAUAGGGGACUGAAUUUGAUCAAGUCUGAGUUGAAAAAACGUCACAAAUCAUCAAUGUCAAAGGUGGAGAAGCAAUCCGGUCCUAAAAAACCUAUCCAAAGAAAAUCCCUGAACAAAUCUGAAAGAUUUACUAACGGGAAAUCUCAAAUUUCUGAAACGUCAACUCUAUAUCAUAAAUCGAUAGUUUCUGCUAGUGGAACUGUAAUUUCAUCUUCGUCAUUUGAAAAAGAAAUAGAAUGUCCUCUCAAGAAAACUAUUCUUGAUGCAAAAUCUAUGCAUGCCAACUCAAGUUACCAAGCUACAAAGAUCGAAGUCGAUGAGAAAUUGAAGAAAAGGACGCGGGAAAUAUUCGAAAAGACAAGGAGUGAAAAAGAAAAAGAGGAAAGAGAAGAAAGCGAAAAAAGAGCAAACUUACAACGAUUAAUCAGAGAAAGAAAAGCGCAUUUGGCUUUAAUUGAAAAGGUUGAGGCGCAAGUUGUUCAUCCUAAUGAGUACUUUCAAUACUUCUUGGAACUUGAAAAGCAAUGCGGGAAUAAGUCGUGCACAUAUGAAGAAAAAAAUUUCGAUUGGUACAUCAAAUCUUCUUAUUAUUUGGGAAGUUAUUGAUCAAGAAGUUGGGGUUAUUUUUUAAAAUAAAGAGGAAGAAGAUGACAAAGAAAACUCGAAUUAAAAGAAGCUAGCUGAGAGACUUAAUUAAACUUUGUUUGCAUGUAAUUAAAUUUCCGGAUGAUAGAUUGAAAUUAUUUGAAUAUAAUAACUUUAAAUUAAUUAUUACUUCAAAGAAAAAUUUUAAUUCAUAAUAUUUGAAAAUGUUAUUGUAUGUCAUAUAAAGUAAUUAUUAAUUUUAUAGUAAGG